AGUGACGUCACACUGUCGCGUAGUUUCGUAAUCAGCCAACAUGGCCGCCUCCGUGAGGCUGUUGCUCCGCAGAGCGAUCCGUCUCUCUCACGGAAACACCAACGUCACUGCGGCGGAGACCGCAGGUCGCUCCGGUCGCCGUUUGGCACCGUCGACCUGUCGGUGUUUCGGCGAUGCCGCCGGAGACCGAAGCACACAUUUUGGCUUUGAAACGGUGCCAGAGGCCGAGAAGGCGAAGAAAGUGUACAAGGUGUUUGAGAACGUGGCGCAUCACUACGACACCAUGAACGACGCCAUGAGUCUGGGAAUUCACCGGCUGUGGAAGGACGCGCUGCUGCACGCCAUGCACCCUCAGCCCGGGGCGCAGCUCUUGGACGUGGCGGGCGGAACAGGUGACAUCGCCUUCCGUUUCCUGGAGUACGUUCGCUCGCAGCGGGAGCGGCAGAGGCGGCGGGCGGUGCGCGCCGUGCAGACGCCGUCGUGGCGGGACAUCUCCAGCAGCUACUCCUCCGAGGAGGACGGGGAGGAGGCGGGCCCCCGGGAGUCCGGGGCCGUGGUCUGUGACAUCAACAAGGAGAUGCUGAAAGUGGGCAAGCGGCGGGCGGACAGCGCAGGCGUCACGGCUGGCCUGUCGUGGGUGGCGGGGGACGCGGAGGAGCUUCCCUUCGACGACGACCAGUUCGACAUUUACACCGUCGCCUUCGGCAUUCGCAACGUCACCCACAUCGAUCAGGCGCUGAAGGAGGCUCUGCGGGUCCUGAAGCCGGGGGGCAGAUUCAUGUGCUUGGAGUUCAGCAAAGUGACAAAUCCUGUUUUAGCGAGGCUUUAUGACGCGUACAGUUUCAACGUGAUCCCGGCUCUGGGCGAGGUGAUCGCUGCCGACUGGAAGUCGUACCAGUAUCUGGUGGAAAGUAUCCGCAAGUUCCCCGACCAGGAGGAGUUCAAAUUCAUGAUUGAAGACGCAGGUUUCUUCUGCGUAAAGUAUUACAACCUGACCGGUGGAGUUGUGGCUCUUCACUCUGGUUUCAAGCUGUGAGCAGAGAUCUGAUAUGAACGUUUGAGCACAAAGCGCCUCUCUGCUCCACGACGUAUUUAUAAAGAAACAAUAAGUCACUGUUGAUAAGUAACAUUAAAAUAAAUCAUAUAUUGUGAUACAAAAUGUCAGAAUUGAAUAAAAAUACAAAUGUUGGUGGAAAAAGGACUAUUAGAAACUGACAUUUCCUAUUUUCACUUGAAGCAUCAGAUUAGACUAGUGUCGAGUUGCAUAUUUCUUUGGUUGAUAAAACUAUUGGGAUUUACUUUUAAGAAUAAAGAUGAAUAAUUCUGAUGUCAGUCAUAAUAAAGAAUCAGACUACAUUAGUUGUU